UUUCAGAGAGGAGGCAAGAAUAGAAGCCGGCCGUAAAGAAAAGUUAUAGCCAAAAAUGGAUCCUAAUAUAAAUCCCAAAUUGUUGGUUAUCUUGUCGAUGAUGGCCAUGAUCGGAACAUCAACGGCAGCUUAUGCCGGGACCGCGUGGCGCCAGGCGUCAGCCACCUUCUAUGGUGACGAAACCGCCAGUGCAACAAUGGGUGGGGCUUGUGGUUAUGGAAACCUAUGGGACAGCGGCUACGGCGCGGCCACGGCGGCACUAAGCACGGUGCUGUUCAACGACGGUUACGCGUGUGGUCAGUGUUUCCAAAUAAGGUGUGUGUCGUCGCCUAACUGCUACUACGGUUCACCAGCCACCGUGGUGACUGCGACCAACAUAUGUCCACCGAAUUGGGGCCAAAACUCUAACAACGGUGGGUGGUGUAAUCCGCCACGUGCCCAUUUUGAUUUGGCUAAACCGGCUUUCAUGAAAAUCGCUCAGUGGAAGGCCGGUAUCGUUCCCGUCUCAUACCGCAGAGUGGCAUGUAGAAGGAAUGGAGGAAUAAGGUUCAAAUUUGAAGGAAAUGGAUAUUGGCUACUUGUGUACGUGAUGAACGUAGGUGGCGCUGGUGACAUCAAGUCCAUGGCCGUUAAAGGUAGCCGCACGAACUGGAUCGACAUGAGCCAUAACUGGGGAGCUUCGUACCAAGCUUUCUCUUCUCUCUACGGCCAAUCUCUCUCGUUCCGAGUCACCUCUUUCACCACUCGUCAGACCAUCUACGUUUGGAAUGCUGUUCCGGCUAACUGGAGCGCAGGCAAGACCUACAAGACCAAUGCUAACUUCAGCUGAUCCUACUGAAAACCGUUAUGUGAGAUUACGGUUUUGUCUUUUGUUCUUGAGGCAAAACAACCGAGAGACAAAUUUUUUUUUUUUUAAUAACUCGGUUUGAUUAUAAAUUAGUCAUUAAUUCUUGUGUAUCUUAUAUUUUGUCCAUCAUCAUUGGUUGAGAAAGGACAUCAUCCUCCUUAAUUGGCUUCAACGAAGACAAAUUGUUGAUUUUUUU